CUAUGUUCAUAAUGUCAUUGUAUCCGCAAAUGUUCUAGCACGUUCCAUGCAAAAGUAACUGUUUGGAGAAGCUCACAACGCGGUUAGGUAGCUUAGUUGUUGCUGAAAUCGUAUUCUCGAGCUUCAUUGUGACCUUCUGAUCGCCUUUUUACAGAAUUUCAGGUGCGAUUUAUCAUCAUUGCAAGUAGUUUGUUCAAGAGAGUUGGUUGGGCCAUCUACACACUUGUUCAAGUCAGUGACCGGGUGGCAACAAGACAGAAGUUCCAAGGUUGUGCUGUAUACUAUAAGCCGUACGUCCUUGGCUUAGCCAGACCGGAUGGCGGCACGAGCAUACAGGAAGGUGACCCCGUUCACCCCUCCGGAAUGGACCAAGGAAUUGCCCUCGGACUCAGUUCCUAAGUCAAUUGUCACGCUCUGUCAGCUUCCCACGCCACUGCACGAGUGGACAUCGUUUCCCGGCGCUCCUGAUGGCUUCACGAUUGGCAUAAAGCGGGACGAUUUGACCCACAGCACAAUGUCUGGGAACAAGGUGAGAAAGCUGGAGCUGCUCCUGGCUGAUGCUCUGGACAGUGGGUGUACGGCUGUGGUGACGGCCGGCUGUGUCAACACCAACCACGGCCGUGCAACCGCCGUCGCCGCCAAGGAACUCGGACUGGACACGUACCUCGUCCUCGCUGCGUCCAAGUCUGAGCUGGCACAGAAGGAUAAGCUACCGUGUUCGGGCAAUGUCCUCCUGGACCGUAUGGUCGGUGCUGGCAUGGUGCUGGCACACACGGAAGGAGCCAUAUUCGACUGUGUCAACCUGCGCAUGAAGAAGGUUGUGGAUGACUUGGCGGACAGGGGCCAGAAGGCCUACAUUGUUCCUGUCGGUGGUACCAGCGUACUGGGCACGUGGGCGUACUUGGCAGCGUUCCAGGAAAUGAUAGAACAGGGUUUGCUGGAGAAUUACGAUGACAUAGUCGCCGCGCUUGGUAGCGCUGGAACUUGUGUGGGACUGGCCAUUGCAAAUUACCUCCUUGGAUCUCCUUUAAAAAUUCACGGUGUAGUCAUUGCAGAGGAUGAGCAGCUUGCACAUCAACUCGUCAAUGCAGAGCUGCAGCAAAUUGGCCUGGCGGACAAGGGUGUACGCUCCGAAGACAUCAUUGACGUUGUCGGCGGCUACGUCGCACCGGGAUACGGCAUGGCAUCGGACGAAGUGUUUGAUUUCAUCUUGUCCGUUUCACGCAACACUGGCAUCAUCCUGGAUCAGACAUUCUGCGGAAAAGCUGCGUUUGGCAUGCGCGACCUCAUGCACAAGCAGCCAGAACGCUUCAAGGGAAAGCGUAUCCUAUUCUUGCACUCAGGCGGUGUGUUUGGAGUAUACAACAGGAGCAUAGAGCCACGUCUUCAGGAAACCAGCGCGGGUCAGGUCGUGGACUGGACAAGUGAAGAACAAAUGUCGCCUCUGCCUCGUUUGCUCAAGUGAUGGCAGCCUCGCCAACAGCAUUCAACAGAGCAGCACUGUUUGAUGCCAGUCAGUCAUAUUUGACUCAGUCUUGUCUCGAUCGCCAAGCUAUAUUAUUUUUGUUAGUACACCCUGAGUUCUAUGUUUGCCGGGAUCUUCGGAAGAGGACAGUUCCUCUUGUGUAACUUAUUCCAGUUGAUGAGCAAGGACAGCCCGCUACCUACCAUGGUAUUCAGAGUAAUGGCGAGCGGUUCCUUUGUCCUAUUUGAAUCAUAUUCCAAUGAAGUUGUGACUAUGUAGGGUCAGAUUUCCAAACGGCUUGCCAGAAAGAGUGACAUGCAUGCUGCUGGAUAACCGUGUACCUUAUACUGAGGACAUUUUUAGCAGCCUACUCAGAGGCAAUUACCUUGAACCACGAUAACCUUCACCAGCAGUUUCCCUUUUUUGUUUGUUUUUGUUUUGUUUGUUUUUAAGUGAGUAGUUUCCAUUUGUAGAGCAUUGCUAGCGGCUGACCUGUAGGCUAUAGGGAUGGUUCCUGAUUCGAGUCCUGGCGUUGGCAGUGAACGUUUGUGUUCUAACGUUAGACUUUUCCUCAAACAUACGGUGUGAAUACGUGUUGAUGUAAAUGCAAUUCCUAUUUUAUAUAAUA